AUGCGGGCUGUGGGUGGCAGCACCUCAAGGUUAAAGACGGAAGCCCAGGGACCUCGGCUCCGAGAUGAAGCCUCCGCUGCUGCUGCUGCCCCCGCUGUGGGCAGGGGGGAGCCCGGGUGGGGGCAGGGCCGGGCUGACCCUCCUUUCCCCACAGGGUCCCUGGCUCAGGAUGACAGAUUCUGGCUGGACGUGCCUGAGUCGGUGACAGUGCAGGAGGGCCUGUGCGUCACUGUGCCCUGCUCCUUCUCCUCCUCCUGGGGCAUCUCUUCAAACCUACUCCCUGCUUAUGGCUACUGGUUUCGGGCCGGGGCUGAUAUAAAUCGGGACACCCCAGUGGCCACCAACAACCAGAAUCGAGCAGUGCAAAAGGACACCCAGGGCCGAUUCCAGGUCCUUGGGGACCCCACAGUCCUCAACUGCUCCCUGAGCAUCAGAGACGCCCGGAAGUCGGACAGUGGUUCGUACGUUUUUCGCGUGGAGAGAGGAUAUACGAAGUGGACGUCCACUAAUAAGUUCUUCCUGCAUGUGACAGCCCUGACCCUCACCCCCGACAUCCACAUCCCGGCGACGCUGGAGUCCAGCCGCCCCAGUAACCUGACCUGCUCGGUGCCCUGGGCCUGUGAGCAGGGAACACCCCCCACCUUCUCCUGGCCGUCAGCUGCCCCCACCUCCCUGGGCCCCACGACCACCCACUCCUCGGUGCUCACCCUCACCCCACGGCCCCAGGACCACGGCACCAACCUCACCUGCCAGGUGAGGCUCCCGGGAGCUGGCGUGACCACAGAGAGAACCCUGUGGCUCAGCAUGUCCUGGACCUCAGGGCCCAUGGCAGAGGUACUUCUGGUGGCCCUCGGGGAGGCGGCUGUCAAGGUCCUGCUUCUCUGCCUCCUCCUCAUCUUCCUCAGAGUGAAGUCCCACAGGAAGGAGGUGUGCGUGGGACCAGCCAAGCCAGCCGUGGACGUGGAGAAGCCCAGGGACCUCAGCUCCGAGAUGCGGCCUCCGCUGCUGCCGCUGACCCCGCUUUGGGCAGGGGGGGGGGCAGAGCCCGGGUGGGGGCAGGGCCGGGCUGACCCUCCUUUCCCCACAGGGUCCCUGGCUCAGGAUGACAGAUUCUGGCUGGACGUGCCUGAGUCGGUGACAGUGCAGGAGGGCCUGUGCGUCACUGUGCCCUGCUCCUUCUCCUCCUCCUGGGGCAUCUCUUCAAACCUACUCCCUGCUUAUGGCUACUGGUUUCGGGCCGGGGCUGAUAUAAAUCGGGACACCCCAGUGGCCACCAACGACCAGAAUCGAGCAGUGCAAAAGGACACCCAGGGCCGAUUCCAGGUUCUUGGGGACCCCACAACCCUCAACUGCUCCCUGAGCAUCAGAGACGCGCGGAGGUCGGACAGUGGUUCGUACGUUUUUCGUGUGGAGAGCAGAUGUAAGAAGACGACUUUCAGUAAUAAGUUCUUUCUGCACGUGACGGGGGACCAAGGGACAAGCAGAGGAACAGGAGUGGCUCUGGGGGCCGUCGGGGGAGCCGGGGUCACGGCCCUGCUUGCCGUCGGCCUCUGUCUCAUCUUCUUCAUAGUGAAGACCCACAGGAAGAAAGCAGCCGGCAGAGCGGUGGGCGUGAGUGACAGCCACCCUGCUGAUGGGCCAGCCUGCCUGGGACAUCAGCAAGAGUACAAAUUACAUGGUCUCUCUGAACCCCCAAGCUCUUCAGAGGCCUCCCCCACCUUGGACAUGGAGCAGGAGCUCCAUUAUGCCUCCCUCAGUUUUCAUGGGAUGACGCCCCAGGAGGGCACCAGCACCGAAUACUCGGAGAUCAGGACCCAGUGAGCAACCGACAGGAGCACUGGUUACACCCAGAGCCCUCUUUCCAGCAGCUGGGCUCAGAGGCCCAUGCUUGGAGAUGAAAUGUCCCCAUUCCAUGGACAAUGGCUCUGUCAAGCACCCCACGUGUUUCCUGCCACAUUGAAAUCAUCUUAGACUUCACAACCAGAGAGACCUGGGGUCGAAUUUGCUCUUUUGUUUACUGAGAGAACGACAUCGAGUGAGCCACGUUCCCCUCCACGUCUUGGUUUUCUGCUCUUUAAUGGGUGUAAGAAGUACCACAUCUUAGGGCUACGGAGAGGAUUAAAUAAAGGUACCUAUGGAAGGCCC